UGAUGAAAGUGAAAGAGGAGAAUCAAGCUGAAGUGGAUGAGAAACAUCAAAUUGUAAAAAUAAGCCAUAAUGUUUCACAGAAAGAAACUCUGAAGACAGAAGACAUAAAGUGUGAAAAGAGUUUUAGUGAAGAUGAACGCCCUGCAGAUCACAAGAGGACUCACAGUGAGGAGAAACCUUUCACAUGUCAACAGUGUGGAAAGAGUUUCAGAAGAAAAGAUAACCUUAAAGCACACAUGAUGAUUCACACUGGAGAGAAACCUUACACAUGUCAACUAUGUGAAAAGAGUUUCACCUUUCAAUCUAACCUUUACCGGCACAUAAAAACUCACAGUGGGGAGAAGCCACAUGCGUGCCACCAUUGUGACAAGAGUUUCUCAGAUAAAAGUCAACUUAAGACACACAUGAGGACUCACACUGGAGAUAAACCAUUCACAUGUCAACAGUGUGGAAAGAGUUUCAGAACAAAAGUUGAACUUAAAGUACACAUGAGGAUUCACACUGGAGAGAAACCAUUCACAUGUCAACAGUGUGGAAAGAGUUUUAAAGGUGCAAGUAACCUUAAGAUACAUUUGAGGAUUCACACUGGAGAGAAACCUUACACUUGUCAUCUGUGUGGAAAGAGUUUCUCUGCUGAAGGUACCCUUAAGGUACAUGCAAUGAUUCACACAGGAGAGAAACCCCACAAGUGCCAUCACUGUGAAAAGAGUUUUACAGGUGCAAGUAACCUUAGGAUACACAUGAGGUCUCACACUGGAGAGAAACCUUACAUUUGUCAUCUGUGUGGAAAGAGUUUCUCUGCUGAAAGUACCCUUAAGGUACACGCAAGGAUUCACACAGGAGAGAAACCCCACGCGUGCCAUUACUGUGGAAAGAGUUUUACAACUGCAGGUUACCUUACGAUACACAUGAGGUCUCACACUGGAGAGAAACCUUACACUUGUCAACAAUGUGGAACUUGUUUCACCUUUCAAACAAACCUUAGCAAGCACAUGAAAACUCAUAGUGAGGAGAAACCUUUAACAUGUCAACAGUGUGGAAAAAGUUUCACCUAUAAAUCGAACCUUACCCGGCACAUGAAAACUCACAGUGGGGAAAAGCUACAAGCGUGCCACCAUUGUGACUAGGGCUGGGUACCGAGUGAACGUCAAUACUUUUAUGGUAUCGAAUGAAAAACUUCGAAACUUGAGUAUCGAAAAAUGAUUUAUCUUUCAAUGCCAAAUUUCGAUUCAAAAAGCGUCUGUGUCUGUGAGCCUGUACUUGCGUGUAAGGACCUAAAGCGCCGGCGAUUGGCUGUCCACCACCACGUGACGGGGAGGAUUUCUGAAAAUACUCGCAGUCACCCAACACAAGUGUAGAAAGGAUGCAAUAUGAGAAGAAAGUCUUUGUGACAGUUUUACCAAUAGAGUUAGCCCAAGUAUGGCCGUGUUGUCUCCGUGAAAGGCACGUCAACCAAAACCGCGCUUCUACUAAAGUGACGAGGGUUUUUUCAUUUAAAGCACAUGCGCAGCCUGUGUCUCUGCUUGUUUUACUCGCGCCUGGUUCCGCAUGGCAAGGCUUUGCACUUGCGUCUCCAACAACAGUCUCGACAAGGUGUUUAAACUUGACCCACGCGUGCAGCUUGUGUCUCUAAAUGCUUAUGAAAUACUCGCGCCUGUCUCUCCGCAUCACAAAGCCUUCAUGCCCUCGUCUCGCAAAAUGGACGAUGUGUUUAAACCAAUUUUUUACAGUCUAUGGUUUAAACUUGACGCACACGUGCAGCCCAUCACUGCUUACAAGUCUGACUCGUUAUUUACAACAAACUAAAAUUCCAUUUAACUGGUUUGCUAAUUUCACUUGAAUGAAAUGACAUUGAACGCAUUUUCUACACAUUUUAAAAAUCCCAAAUGUAUUUAAUAUUUUGAUAAUUAUAAAGUUGAGUAUUUUUUACAAAAGACAAACAUGCAUACAAAUCUUCCCAGUAAAACUCUGUCACCCAUUUAAAUAUUUUAACUUUUUGUCAAAGUUGCAGCUAUAAUGAACCCACAAAUACUGUUAGUGCAAGCUAUAUACCAUUUUACAUUUCAUAAAAUAAAGCAGUGUAAAUAAUAUUCUUAAUUUCUUUAUUUUUGUUUCCUUAUUUUCAUAAAAAACCCGGAUAAGGGUGUCUGCUGGCGCACCCCUAUCCAAAAAGCACAACCAGUUUUAUUAAUGUUACCCUGAGUGAGAAGUGUUACCAGAAUUUGUUUUAAUUAAGGUGAAAAAUAAAAGUUGUGUGUUUUAAUGUAUUUUUGUUAAUGUUUCAAUGGAUUUUAAACCAUAUGGUAUCAGAAAAAGUAUCGUUAGGAACCUGCAUCGAAACGGAGGUAUCGAAAUUGACACUGGAUCGAAAAGAUUUUAAACAAUACCCAGCCCUAAUUGUGACAAGAGUUUCCCAAAUAGAAGUCAACUUAAGAUACACAUUAGGUUUCAUACAGGAGAGAAACCUUACACGUGUCAUCUGUGUGGAAAGAGUUUCGGAAGAAAUCCUAACCUUAAAGCACACAUGAAGACUCACACUAGAGAGAAACAAAGAGAAAACAAAGAGAAAACAAAGUUUUACAGCUGCAGGUGAACUUAAGAUACACAUGAGGACACUGGAGAUAAACCUUAUACUUGUCAUCAAUGUGGAAAGAGUUUCUCUAUUGAAAGUAACCUUAAGAUUCAUGAAAGAAUUCACACUGGAGCGAAACCUUACACAUGCCAUGAGUGUAAAAAGAGUUUCAAAACAAAAUCUAA